AUGAGCGACUACGCAAGCUUUGGGGGCGCGGAUGAAGAGAGCGCUGAGAUUAAGCGCCUCAACGCUGAAGUCGAAGCGGACCCCGACAACUUCGAGAAUUGGGAGAAACUGAUUCGAGCCUGUGAGGGACUUGAGGGCGGUCUGAACCGAAACUCGAGUCCCCAAGCUUUGGCGACCCUUCGCGACUCUUAUGAUCGCUUCCUCCUCAAGUUCCCGCUGCUGUUCGGCUACUGGAAGAAGUAUGCCGAUCUGGAGUUCAAUAUCUCAGGACCCGAGUCGGCUGAAAUGAUCUAUGAGAGGGGUUGCGCCAGCAUAACCAACUCGGUAGACCUCUGGACUGAAUACUGCUCCUUCAAAAUGGAAACCACUCACACUCCCCACCUUGUGAGAGAGCUGUUCGAGCGUGCUGCUUCGCACAUCGGCCUUGACUUCCUCUCCCAUCCUUUUUGGGACAAGUAUCUGGAAUAUGAGACACGACAGGAGGCUCAGGACAACAUCUUUACCAUUCUCAAGCGGGUCAUCCACAUCCCUAUGCAUCAGUAUGCUCGCUAUUUUGAGCGUUUCCGGCAGCUGUGCCACACCCGGCCCCUCGAAGAACUCGUCUCGCCUGAUGUCUUGGCCCGGUACCGCGCCGAGGUAGAGGCCGAGGCUGUUCAAUUCGGCAUAGCGAAGCCCGAGCUCGAGAUCGAGCGGGACAUCCGCACCAAGAUCGACGCUUCGUUCUACACCAUUUUCCAGCGCACCCAAACCGAGACCAACAAGCGGUGGACGUACGAGGCUGAGAUCAAGCGGCCGUACUUUCACGUCACGGAACUCGAGCAUCACCAGCUGGUCAACUGGCGGAAGUACCUCGACUUUGAGGAGGCGGAGGGCAACUACCAGCGCAUUGUCUGCCUCUACGAAAGGUGCCUAGUCACCUGUGCUCUGUACGAUGAGUUCUGGUUCCGGUAUGCUCGGUGGAUGGAGGCACAAGACAACAAGGACGAAGAGGUCCGGAAUAUCUACAUGCGGGCGGCCACGCUCUUCGUUCCCAUCAGCAGGCCGGGUAUCCGGCUUCAGUUUGCCUACUUUGAGGAGAUGUGCGGCCGGAUCGACGUUGCGCGGGAUGUCCAUGCCGCUAUUCUCAUGAAGCUGCCGGAUUGCGUGGAGGCGAUCGUCUCGUGGGCCAAUCUACAGCGACGCCAGAGCGGCCUCGACGCAGCGAUUGAGGUAUACAAGGCGCAGAUCGACUCUCCCGCGGUAGACAUCUUCACAAAGGCCGUUUUGGUAACAGAGUGGGCGUUUCUGCUCUGGAAGGUCAAGGGCUCGGCUGACGAGGCCCGUGCGGCUUACGAAAAGAACGCCACUUGGUACGCGGAUAGCCGCCACUUUUGGCAGAAGUGGCUCGAGUUUGAGCUCGAGCAGCCGACCAACGCUGAGCUGGAGGCCCAGCAUGCGGAGCGUGUCAAGGCUGUCUUUGCGGAGAUGCGGGCUAAGAGUCGUCUUUCGCCGGCCGUUAAGCAGGAGCUGGGUCAGGUGUACAUGAACUAUUUGCAGCAGCGUGGCGGCAAGGAGGCUAUGAAGGAAUUCCUGCUCAUCGACCGAGAGCUUUUUGGCCCUCAGUCGGUCUCCCCAAUCACGAAAGCGAAGCUGUCGAAGGAGAGCGCCGGUCUUCCUGAACUGGAUGAGGCGACGCGUGUCAAGGCGGAGAGGCGGUUCUAUAACUACUACGAACUGCAUAUGGAUCCAGACCCGAAUGCCCAGGGACCAGCUAGUUUUGACUAG